GCAGCGCAGUUCUGCACAGCUGUUUGAGGGAGGUAGAGGCGAUAUUUAGCUUCCUACUACAGCGUUGUUUACCUUUGUAUUUUUAGCCUGGUUAACGCGGACACUUCCCCCUCCUCCGUGUCCAGACUCUUCAGCCUCAGCUCGCAGCACAUUUUGGUUUACAGGCGUUGGUGUUGACGAUGGUUUUGUCAACAUCCCAUCAAGUCGCCCUGGCGUUCACGGCCGUGCUCUUCACGUUUGUCGUCCUGCCCAGGAUGUUUGGUGUCGGCGGCGGCUCCGGGACGAAGGAGUCCAGAUUUGACCCCCGGUACAGCCGUAAAGCAGCGGGUUCGGGCCCGAGCGCGGUGAGAGGUCAGUCCAUCAACGCGAACGCCCCUGGUUCCCCUCAGAGCCCUGAGAACGUGCAGCAGAUGAAGAAGCUGAUGGAACAAGAGCUGAAGAAUGACAAGUACAAGACCAACAACAACAACAACAACAGCAAAGGCUACGUGUUCACACUGAUGCCCCUCUAUGCCAUUGGGGUGGGAGUGUUUGCAGCGUACAAGUUUUUGAAGAUCAAGUCCUCAGAUGACCAGGCACAGAAGACCAAAUUAACAAAAGGAGCCAAAAAGUCCGUGGAGGCAGAAAACCAGUUGAACGAGCUGGAACAAAGGUUAGCACAGACCGAGAGGAUGCUCAACUCCAUCCUCACGCAGCUGGACCCGCUCACUAACUGUGUGAAGUCGGUGGCUCAGGAGCAGAAGAACGAGAUCAUGUCUCAACUCCAGACCAUCCGGUACCUGAUGAAGAAGAGGGGAAUGGAAUGUCCGCCCCUGAACCUCAACGAGGCGUCCUGCGGGCGUAAUCUGGAUGAGCUCAUCGAGUCGCUCGGAGCCAGAGAAACCUUGAUGGCGGCGGAAGCUUCUCUGGCAGAGAAUCAAACCUCUGGAGGAACAGCAGAGGCUCCUGGGAAAGACUAUGAAAAGCAUGUGGAAGCUGAAGAUGAAGCUGCGACAGAAGGGGAGGAGAUGAAGGAGCUUGGUCCAGAGAAAUCUGAAGGGGAGGAAGAGGAAGAUGGAAAAGAGGAAGGUCUAGAAGAGGAGGAGGAGGAGGGGGAGGAGGAGGGGGAAGGGGUGGAGGACCCGCAGCUGAUGCCUUCGUUAGAGAGCUCGUGUGAGACAAACAUUGAGGAGAUCGGAGCGGAGCAGGCAGCGUCGGGCCUCAGGAGACGCAACAGACCUGAAUGAACUCCCUGCAGGACUCCUGCACCGUACAGACAUGUGACAGAUUAUUGUGAUUAUUUAUUAUCAGAAAAGCUUUCACUCCAAAAGGCUUUUUGCAUACACAUCAAAACAUAUAUUGCAUUUAGAUGACACAUGAAAAGUUCUCUUAACAGCAAGACAUCGGGCUCUAUUUUCUUGUUGUAGCACAAAGUUCACUUCAUGCAGGACAUGUCCCUGCUGUUAUCACACGUACAGGUUCAGCGUACUGUGUGCAGAGGCUUUGGCUCGGUAAUUAUUCAUCAUCCUCUCAGUCAAUCACAAACAUGAGGGAGAGGGGGUAACUCCAGGUUAAACACUCAGAGCUUCAAUGGUGGACAUGCCUAACCUCAGACAAAGCAGGUAAAGUUCCAGAUAAGAGAUGAACCCGUGUUAAAUCACCGCCUAACUACCAUCGCUUCUCUUGACCCUGAACCUCAGUGAACCAAACCGAACAGAGAUCCCAAUAACUCUCUCUUGUGAUUUCUUUCAUAUGUUUACAGGUGUAUUCAUUCUCCAGGUACUGACUUCAAAUCUACUUCUAAGACAGGAGCGGAAACUAGUUUUGAUUUAGUGUAAGUGAUUGUGUUAUUUGAUUGCCAUCAUGUGAAAGCUCUGCCGCAGCAGCUGACAGAGUAAGCCUCAAACAGAAUCCCUCAUUUAUAGGAACCUUUACUUAACGUCUGAUCUACUUCCUAAUGAUGGAGGAGUGUUUCAGAAGCCGAGCUUACCCGCUUGCACAGUUUGUGAUUUUAUUCUGUGCAAGUUGUGCUUCCUGAAUUUUUUUCAGCUCUUCCCUUCUAGCCUUGAAUACGUGUUCACGUAUACAUUAUUUAUUAAUUUACUGUCAUUUGUGGGAGUUGGCUGGCUGCUGCUGGUUGUGUUUGUGAUUGGUAAUUGACUUCAAACAUCAUCCCUCUUCUGUGAGCGUGCUCACAGCCAGACGUGGAAACAGCAGGGUCUACUUACAGCAGGCUUAUUGGAGCAGUUAGAGUAAACAUAUCCUGCGGAGGUGUUGGACUUGCUUCAUAAUACAAGCAUGUGGAGCUUUAGACUAAAUUUGGAAAGAACAAACAAUUCGGUUUAGUAUCUUAUUUUUCAUCCUCUUCUAUUCACAUCAUCUGAUAGGUUUGAAGAAACGUACAAAGUGUGCAUGAUUUGCAUAAUCGCCACACAUUGUGUUUUCAUUAACACCACUACACUACUACAUGAGUGGGAGAUGGUGUUUCUGCGAACAUAUUGUUUGUAUAUCUGUCCACAGGUGUUUAGAUAUCAAUCGUAAUGCGACAACAUAACAAAGGGAAGACUUACUUUAUCAAUCCCUGAGGUAAAAUUCAAUUUUGACCAUCUGUUCCAUUGUUCUCUUGCAGUCGACCAAACUUACCUGGACACAUGGUGCAGUGGUUAGCACUGUGGUUAGCGCUGUUGCCUCAAAGCUAGAAGGUUCCUGGUUCAAAUCCCUGUUGGCAGCUUGCAUGUUCUCCCCUGUGUAUGCAGGGGUUCUCUCCAGCUUCCUCCCACAGUCCAUAGCCAUUCCUGUUGGGUUAAAUGGUGAUUUAAAUGAGGGGUGAUUGACUGGAAAAACUGGAGAGGGAGACUUUUUUUCAAUCAUGCUACAUGCACUUAGACCAGGAAUACACACAUGCACAAACAGGAUCCUGUGGACAUGCUCUAAUGGGGGAGAUGUCGAUGUGAGGGAGCUGCACAUGAAAGCAGUGGGUUUGGUGAGACUUUGGUCCGUACGGGGACCUGAAGUCCCUACAGACUGAGCCACUGAUGCACAAACACAUAAGGCGUUAUCUGUUUUAGACUUCGUGCUGACAUGAAAAUAGAGCCCGUAAUGUUCAGCAGACACAUUUUUCUAACAUUAAUAAUAACUUUUUAAUAUUGCCUGUUUUUGGAAUGACAUUUAUAGAUAUUUUGACAAAUUGUAUUUAUCGUUUUAGGUUGCACCUGUUGUAAUGCUGAAGCCAAACAUUUAAAGUAUAUAUGCUACAUUAAAGGUAGAAGGUGUGGGGUGCUCUUAGUUGAAACUAAAUAUGACACACGUUUUGUGUUGACAAGAAAAGAGAUUUGAUUUUUUGUUUUUUGUUUCUUGUUUCAAUGUUUUGUUUUCUUCUGGCUAACAGCACUAAGUCCCCCUCUUCACUCUCUCUAAAUCUGACCUCUGCUGCUCUUCCUGUAUCUUUCAACGAUGCAAUUUGCUGCUUGCAUUUAGCCAUAAAUUCUACUCAUUCUGCCUUUACAGUCAGCAACAGUCACCUGCUUAUUUACUUUAUCAAUAACUUAACAAACACAGAUGAACUCAGACUCACUACUGUCCAUUUUUCUCUUGCAGUUAAACUUAAAUAGAGAUGCUUUGACAAGACUUAGCAGCACACAUGGUGCAGAAGUUAGCACUGUUGCCUCACAGCCUGAAGGUUCCUGGUUCAAAUCCUCAUUGUGCAGGAUCCCCGUGCAUGCGUGGGCCCUCUCUGGCUUCCUCACACAGUCCAAAGACAUCUUUAGAGUUAAACGGUGUCUCUAAAUUGUAGAUGUGGCUGGUUGUCUGUCUCUAUAUGUCAGCCCUGUGAUUUACUUGCUGGGACCGGCUCCAGCCCCCCAAGCAACCUUGAACAGGAAAAGAGGUUUAGAUGAUGUGUGGAUAUAUACCUGGACACAGUAUAUGGAAGACAUGUUGAAAAAUGAAUAUGUUAGCAUUGAAAAGGGUUUUCUAAUAUAAUUAUUCCACUUGUUAGCAUGGAUAGCGUUGAUGACGCAGCAUCUGUCUUUCUGUGGAGGAACUGUGCUGUCAUUUUAAAGGCUUUAUAUGCAAUUUUUUUAUCCAGCAGAUGUCACCCUUGACCAAAACAACUCGCGCUGCAUUGUUGUGUUAGCAUGCUAAUGCUAGUGAUCUUUAUUAUGCUCGUAUCUUCACACUGCAUGUAAAUUUACCUGAAAUGAGCGUGAUCUAGAAACACAGUUAAGCAGUGAGUACAGUAUGUUAUUCUUCUUUUCUCUAGUCCCUCAAUUAAACAACUUUUAUACACGAGGGGAGGAGUCAGCCGGCCGUCCAGGCGAUGUAAACAAAGUGAAGAUAGGACUCUGAAAACUCUGAAAACAUCACAGACAGUGGGACUCGGGUGUUACACCCAUUGUAGACAGUCAUGACUCACAGAGUUAUUUUCAGAGGAUAUACUUGAUUUCUAUUACAUUUAAGUGUGAAAAAUCACAUAUAAAGCCUUUAACCUCUUUAACACCACUACUCUUUUGAACUUAUAAGGAAAACUAGAGAGGAAUAUAGUUUCAUGACAAGAUCCAUAAAAGUCUUUACUUCAACUUGUUUUCUCUUUUAUAUAUUACUUUAAAAAAAAAAAGAUUUAUCAUAAAGGGAUUGCCGCUAACGCUAUGGGAUGCGAUGAGCCUGCAGAAUAUUAAAAUGUAUAUUGUAGAAGUUUGAACUUCUGGCACGAUUUUACAUCCAAACAUGACUGCAUGCAUGUAUGAUUCAUUAGAAUGUAAUUUUUCUUUGUCUCCACUUUGAGGCCACGUGAUGUUUAUUUAUUCAAGAGGAAAAUGACAAUCAUGAGAUCAACACAAAACACAAACUUUUAUGUUUCACGCUUACGUUCAGAGUUGUUUUUUUCAUGUUUUUUGUUUUUUUGGAUACCUAUAAUAUUGAAAGGAACCGCUCAUGACUUCGCUUUUUCUUUCAGCAACAUUUAGAAAUUUUGAUAUGAAAUUAUUGAUGUAUAAAACUUAGGAGGCUUUGUCUUUGGGCCACACAUACAAUAUCAGCAACUGUUGAAGCUGAGAAAGAAAUGUCCUGAUACCUUUUUGUUAACACUUUGACGUUAAUGUACGAGUUAAAUGAUUCCACAGCACAAGAGCUACAGACAUUCAUUUAAAUGAGUGUGAAUGUAAUUUUGACAUCAUGUGACGGAUGAACAGAUAAGCACUGACAAUGACAGAUGAACUUAGUCCUUUCUUUCACUCUGCAGUGGAUAAUUGUAGCCUCAGUAUAAAUGUCAUGAAAUGUUUUUAAAAAAAAAAUAUUUCAAUAAAUGUAACACGGUUAGGACAAACUGAUAUGCCCCUGUAAAAAAGCAUAUUUAAUGCUCCCUGAGGUAAAUUCUGGUUUACACUCUGUUAUAGAGAGACAUGCUUCUCACACACACAGGUCUGAAUUUCACACAUGCACAAACAGGACCUGUGGACAUGCAUUAGUGGAGAGAUGUCAGAGUGAGAGCGGCUGCACUGGGAGUGUGUCAGAACAGUUGGGGGUUCGGUGCCUUGCUCAAGGGCACCUCUGCAGUACUCAGGAAGUGACCAGGCACCUCUCCAGCCACCAGAACAUCUUUUUAUACUUUGGUCCGCACCUGGACUUGAACCGGACGACCCUCUGGUUACCGACCCAAGUCCCUCUACUGAGCUCCUCCCGCCCUUUUAUUGUGAUUACUGUAAAAUGUAAAGCAUGCCCACAAAUCAUUGCCUUAUUCAUGAUAAUAUUUGAACCAUAGAGUCUGCAGGGCGUUUGGAUUGAGUUCACAUUUUUCCUUGUGUCCAGGAGCAGUUUUUCCCUCUAAAUGUAUCGCCACACCUUGAAAACCACAAAUCUUUGCCUUAAUGUAAUAUGUAAAUGUUUUUGUAUCAGUUCCUACCCUGUUUGUGUUUCAUGUUGUGUGUUUCAUUCAGCGAGCGUUGAGUGAGGAAACUCAGCUUGCCCUCAGUAGAAAAUAAAAC